CUCACUUCUGCAGACAUGCAGAGCAUUGCGCUUGGUGGGCUUUCCCACCAUGUUUUCCACUCAAGCUCAAACAGAAAAGCAUCAGGGCAGACUUCACUAUUAGAAGGAAACACACAGCAAACAGAGCUCAUGGGUCCUCUGAGAUGGAGAUGGACCUUCUGGAUGCUGAUCCUCUGCAUGCUGUCAGGUUCUCUGUCUUUGGUCACCGUUGAGCAGCCUCCCGUCCUCGUCGUUGCUCUGCGUGGCGAUGCCAUCUUACCCUGCAAGCUUUGCCUCUCCCCAGAUGAAAAGUUGGAAGGGCUAUCCAUCCUGUACUGGCAUUUCUCACCACACCACUCUUCAAAAAUGGAACUGUUGAUCUCCUCUGGGGAGGUCAGGGAAGAUGUAAUAAUUCUGGACAAUGACCAGAACUCAUCCAACAAGUCCAUACUUCUGAAAAAUGUGCAGUGGGACAACAGCGGGAAGUAUCAGUGCAAACUCUCAGUCAAGACAGAGGCGAAUGGAAGUUUUAGGACGGCUGGAAACCAAACAACACUGGUGAUUUAUGACACCAUGAGCUUUAACCUGACCGGUCACAAUAACUCUGUGCUCCGCUGUGAGGUAAACGUGAGCUCGAAGGUCGGCUUUGCUUUGUCCAUCGUCCACAAUGGAGGCAGACUGAAAACCACAAAACGUGUUGUCACGGCUCAGACCCACGACAUGCUCUCCGAGACCAUCUCUCUACAGGAAAAAGAAAAAUACAAGUGUCAGCUGCACUUCGGGGAGGCUCUGAUAACAGAGACAAUCUUCCCAAUCAACCUGCCAGAGGCCGAAGAAGAUGAAAAAACAGCAAAACACCAAGUCCCAACCGAUCCAAAUACAGAGAUGUACCCGGAGCCGUGGCUCCUGUACUCUGCUGUCCUGCUGGUGCCCAUCGUCGUCCUGCUCAGCCUCCUAAUCGCCAUGUUGAUGCGCAGAUAAGUCCGGGUGUGAAGCUGGAAACAUCCAGUCUGUCAACAAAAAGAGAUCUAAUCAGUCAGCCAGACAAUCUAAAUAAAAAUAUAAAUAAAGAUAAAAUAACUGUAUGAGGCAAACUCAUUUUUUAUAUUAUUUCCCCAUUGGUGGUAUUUUCACUUUUUUCUUAGAGGAUUUCAUUUAGUUAAGGUUAUUAUGUUCAACAGUAAAUCAGAAAUGUUUAGAUUGGACAUUAAGUUUAAUUUGAGGUAGUUAAAUAUGUAAUGUAAAUAAGAAGCAACUUAUUUUCCCUGGUAUUUUGGUACUGUGGCUGUAAGAACGCAUCCAGUGUGUGUAAUGGUAGAACAAUGAACUAUGUUUUUUUUUUUACUAUAUUAGCUGAGGAAGCACACGGUUUUCUUACACAUGUCUUGGUGUUUAAUUUGUAAUCCAGACAAUCUUGAACUGGCAUAUGUUUGUGAUGCUUAAGGAAUAAACUAUUUUGUUGUUUCUUCAAACCAGGACAGAGUGGGACUGGAUAAUUAAACCGCAUGAGAGACACAUGUAAACCACGAUUGACAGCUAAUAUGCUUGUGAGGCAGUAACAAUAACUGAAAAGUUGGGACAUGAACAAAUUAUGGGAAACAUGAGACUAGAAUCAUGAUUUAGUUCAAAAGCAGCAUCUAUGGACAGUUUAGUUUGUCACUAAAUCACUGAACCGUUUAAAAUCAUUGGUCAUUCACCGAACACUCAGCAGAACUCUUAUGAACAUUUGAGUGCCGACAUGUUUGAGCAAAAUCUGUGUUGGUUUCUGUUCAAUUAAUAUAAGAAGCUCACAAUAAUGAACGAACAGUAACGUUUUUACAAAGCUUCAUGUUUUCUUUAAAUAAAGAUCUACUUAUUCCAGGUCCAGCAAGAUUACAUAGAUCCCAUGAUUCAAAGUAAAUAAAUAAGUCAGAUUAUCAAGAGGAGCCUUAUAUCCAUAAACACCCCCUUGCCAAAGCAAAUUUGUUUGGCACAACACAACAACCAGACCAUCAUUCCUCAGACUAUAAAAGCAGGCUGUGUUUCCCUGUUUGGCCUCAUGGUGGCAGCAGUGUGUCAUUAAGUCACUGUGAUGACGAUGGAGACUGUUACUGAUAUGCAACAGUUUUAUUUCAUUCCUUAACGUAAUCAAAUAAGAAAAAAAAAGAAAAGAAAAAAAAAGGCUGUGUUGAAAAGUUUUGGCUUUUUGGGGGGGUGGGGGUUAAAUCCUCGGUAUUUCUACUGAGGUUAUUGCGUAAUGGGAGCAUAAGAAGAAUAAUUUUGUCAGUUAAGAUGCUUCUGUUUAUACAUUUAUUCAUCAUUUACUUACAGUGUCUGAGGUGUUUUUGUUUUUUUACAGGAAAUGUUGGAACAGCCGUUUUUACUGGUGAUAAACAGAAUAAAAAGGGUUCAGCAGCCUUUCAGCCUCUUUGCCUCACUAGAAAACAUCAUGGGAUAAAUGAAAAGUUAAACUUGGGGAGAGAUUAUAUUCUGAUGUGGAAAGUACAGUUCUGAAAAAACAGAUGAUCAAUAAAUAUUUUCCAAA